ACCUCCUCCCCCAUGGUGACCCUGCCCUCCUUCAGCUUCAAGCCCCUCAGCAGCCGCGAAAGCCCGAUCAUCAUCCAGAAUCUCCGCAUCCCCGGAACCAUCAUGGCCAAGGAGCACCGUCACACCGGCUCGCACACUCUACACGGUCAAGGAUGAAACAGCAAUGGACUCUGAUAACCCAGGGUCUAUCCAGCCAGUUGCCUAUCACACGGUCAACCGGCGAUAUAGUGAGUUUCUCAACCUACAGACCCGCUUGGAGGAGAAAUCAGACUUGCGAAAAUUCCUCAAAAGUCCUGGCUAAGGUUCUCCAGUAAAUCACCCCAGUCCUUAAUGUCUCUGACAUGAGGUCUAAAGUGCUAUACUGCUUUGAUGAGGGGAGCACAGGGUUUAACAGCUUGUCAGUAGCUGGUCUAGAGGCCUUCAUCAAGGAGCGGGAACUUGCGGUGAGGCUGAGAGGGAAGGCAGUCCAGGCCUCAGAGGAGAAGUGGGAGGCCCACAGAAUAAUCUACCAGGUACAUCCAUUCAAGAUUCUGGUAAGGACUGCAAGAAAUGUGGAUUGUUUUAGUAGUGGUGGAUGGCUAAACUUACAUGACCACUCACAAUAUUGUUAAUUGGCCCAUCAGUUCAAAACAGGAACUAAGUUCUUACAUCAAUCUUGGCUCGUGAUAGUGGAUGUUUGCGUCAUGACUGCUUCCUGUUCUUCCCGACAGUGUCCGUCUGUGAGUCAUUUAUUGUGAAAUGCUGUUUUUUUACUGUACUUUUUCAUAAAAACAGGAUUUGCUACUUUUCUUACUUAGUUUAAGUUCAGUGACUGGUCCUGUCUAUGAAUGUGUAGUGUUUUGGAAGGUGAACAGCACAGAAGGUUAAGGUCCUCUAACUGGUAAGAUAUUUUAUGUCUCCAAUCCAGUGAAUGGCCUUAGAAAAAAUGGGUGAUCCCAUUGACUUCAUAUGGAAACAAUCUCCCAAGACUUGACAUUGGAAUGAAUAUGUCCCUUUUAUUUGAAUCCAAAUAGCUGGGGCUUCCAUGUUUAAAGUCUGCUCAUUGUCUUGUCUGAAGGAGACGUGUUUCAGAUGUGGGCCAGACUUUGAUGGUGAGCCGUCUGGCUCCCCCUCGCUGACCAGACAGGUCUGAAACAUCCUGUUCCAGAUCUCUCCUGAACAUUUCAAGGGUGAAAGGUAAACAACCUGAAUGCUGUGACCAGCAUACUCCUGAAGUACUAUAAUGUCACCACUAGAGGGAAGUCUUGGCAAACAUUUGUUGGGGGUAUUUAAAAGAGAAAAUAUUUUAUUGUCUAUGCUGAGAAAUCUUUCCAGGAGCAAGAGGUUACAGGUUGUGUCAAUGUUUGACAUUGUGCAGAUCAUAGGUUUUUCUUUUUUGAGAGAUUCCCUCUGACAAUUUUUGUCAAUAUUGUUGAAGCCAUACAAUAGAUAUCUAACACUUACAUGAGGCUUUAUUGUUUUGAGAUUUUCAAAUUUCAUAGCCAGAAUGCUAUUUAGUAUUUUAAAUGAUUUUACUUUGGACCACUGCUAAUGCAUGGUAAAUAGUGAUACAUAAACAAGGCUUCGAGCCUAUGGUUUUAAAUGUGCUUGUUUUUAGCAUGUGUGCUACUUAGUAAUGUGCGUGCUACUUAGUAAUGUGCGUGUCAUUUACUUGUGUGUGUGUGUCAUUUACUUGUGUGUGUGUGUUUUGUGGCACUGUCCACAGUGGUGGAGACGGCCCUAGCUGACUUGGCCCUAGCUGACUUGGCCCUAGCUGACUUGGCCCUAGCUGACUUGGCCCUAGCUGACUUGGCCCUAGCUGACUUGGCCCUAGCUGACUUGGCCCUAGACAUCAUGUGUCUGCUGAUGAAGGACCAGUGGAGCUGGCUGUGCACCGACAACAUCCCGGAAGACUAUCCUGCUGCUGUUUGGAACCCUCAUGGAACCCUCAUUGACAGUUGGCUUAACGUGAGCGUGGCCAACCUGACCUGUACCCUGCGGGUCCUGCAGGAGGUGUGGCAUGGGGGCAGCCUACCAGCCCAGCACCCCCCGGCGCACAGCCACCAACAGAAGGAGGACACCAAGCAGCAAUCCAUGCACUGCCUCAUGAAACUACUACCAGAUCUGCUCUCAGAAGUGCUGUGCUCGGACAAAUACAGACUAAGCCAGCAGACUGCACUGGAAUCUCUGCAGAACCCUUACAUAAACAGACACUUGGUCUACUGUAUCUGGGACCUUUUCCUCAAGUUCCUCAUCCCUGAAACAUCUGAGGAAAACGUUCAGAAAACCCUGCUGCAAAGUCUCUCCAAAAACGCAGAGAAACUACCACCAUGAAAGUCGUGGGAGCAAUACUGGUGUACACACGCACACACACACGCGUUUAACAACUGUCAGUGAAUAGCCCUCUGAAAGUCCAGCAUAUGUAUCUGUAACGGCUUUCUUCCUGGGAAGGAGAGGACCAAAGCGCAGCGUGGUGAGUAUUCAUCUUAUUUAAUAAUAAAUACAAACUGAACACUUCAAAUACAAAAUAACAAAUGUGGCAAAACCGAAACAGUCCUAACUGGUGCAGAAAACACAAAGACAGGAAACAACCACCCACAAAUCCCAACACAAAACAGGAUACCUAAAUAUGGCUCCCAAUCAGACACAACGACUAACACCUGCCUCUGAUUGAGAACCAUAUCAGG